CCCCCCGAAAGUCACGUCCUCCGCCCCGCCUCUCUUCAUCGUCCCAGCCAUGGCUUCACGCCUUCUCCGAGGGUCCCUGCGCCUUUGGGGCAGCCGGUGUGCGCCGCGUCCCCCGCAUACUGCGAGAUGUUCUCAUUCUGGAGGGGAAGAACGCCUUGAAACACCUUCUGCUAAAAAAUUAACAGAUAUAGGAAUUAGAAGAAUCUUCUCUUCUGAGCAUGACAUUUUCCGGGAAAGCGUAAGGAAGUUUUUUCAAGAAGAAGUGAUUCCAUAUCAUGCAGAAUGGGAGAAAGCUGGAGAAGUGAGCAGGGAGCUGUGGGAAAAAGCUGGGAAGCAAGGGCUGCUCGGUGUCAAUAUCGCAGAGCAACACGGUGGCAUCGGUGGGGACUUGUACUCCGCAGCUCUUGUUUGGGAAGAGCAAGCCUAUUCAAAUUGCACGGGCCCAGGUUUUAGUCUUCACUCAGACAUUGUCAUGCCCUACAUUGCAAACUAUGGCUCAAAAGAACAGAUUGAGCACUUCAUCCCCCAGAUGACUGCAGGGAAAUGUAUUGGCGCCAUAGCAAUGACGGAGCCCGGGGCUGGAAGUGAUUUGCAAGGAAUAAGAACAAAUGCCAAAAAGGAUGGAAGUGACUGGAUUCUUAAUGGCAGCAAGGUGUUCAUUACUAAUGGGUGGCUAAGCGACGUUGUGAUCGUGGUCACAGUCACAAAUCGUGAAGCUCGGUCUCCUGCUCAUGGCAUUAGCCUUUUUCUGGUAGAAAAUGGAAUGAAAGGAUUUAUCAAGGGACGAAAGCUCCAUAAAAUGGGACUAAAAGCCCAGGAUACUGCAGAAUUAUUCUUUGAAGACGUACGGUUGCCGGCUAGUGCCCUACUGGGAGAAGAGAAUAAGGGCUUCUAUUACCUCAUGCAAGAGCUUCCACAGGAAAGGCUUUUGAUUGCCGAAAUAGCAGUUUCAGCCAGUGAAUUUAUGUUUGAAGAAACCAGGGAGUACGUGAAACAGAGGAAAGCUUUUGGAAAAACAGUUGCACAUAUACAGACGGUGCAGCAUAAGCUAGCAGAAUUAAAAACACACAUCUGCGUAACCAGGGCUUUUUUGGACAGCUGUCUCCAGUUGCACGCAGAGAAACGGCUGGACUCUACCACUGCUUCCAUGGCGAAAUACUGGGCUUCUGAAUUACAAAACAGUGUAGCUUAUGACUGCGUACAGCUCCAUGGAGGUUGGGGGUACAUGUGGGAGUACCCAAUUGCAAGAGCUUACGUGGAUGCCCGAGUUCAGCCAAUCUAUGGUGGUACCAAUGAAAUAAUGAAGGAGCUGAUUGCAAGAGACAUCGUCCGAGACAAAUAGCCAUCUGCCCGCAUCCUGGAAUCCUAUUACAACUAAUCUGGUUUUACAUCUACUCAAGAUAAAAUGCAACCUGGACAGAGAGGAAACACUAAACAUGUUUUCAUAUGCUGUCUUAUAGAAAAAAAUCAAAUGCAAAUAUAAGAUGAACACAAUGGGUGAAGAAAUCUUUCCAAAGAUUCUAAAAUUCUAAAACUAAAGUUGAACUUUUAAUUUUUUAUAUAGCUAAAAGGCAAAGAUUUUCUAAUUCUAGAAGCAUUAGUGUUUCAUUUUCUCUAAAAUUCAAAAAAUGUGCACUGGCUUACAUCUUUAAAAUUGAGGCAGAAAGAAUUUUGUUAUUAAUAUUAAUAAUGGAAACAUUAAAAUUUCAAAAAUAUUAAUAGUACUUACAGCAUAUUGACUUUGAAGGGAAGAAAUCUAAUUAAGAAUCAAAAUAAUUUCAGCUAUUUUUUGCUCUAAAUUUCCCAGAACAGUGGAAUUCUCCCACACUACCCUAAGCCUCUGUUUUUAAGUAACGGAACCUUUUAUUCAGACUAAAGCUUAUACAGAGAGAGAGUCCCUAUAAAAUGGUGCUAAAUGAAGAGCUCCUCUAGCUGAAUGAGGAAGCCUGCCCAGCAGUCAGCUAAGCCUUUGCCUGACCCCACUGGAGAAGGUCGUUUGUUCUCUCUCUCACCGACUGAUACCCAGUUUUACAGGAGAACACAAAAUAACCCAUCAUCCUUUAUCUUUAAGAUUUUGGUUUAUUUUAUCAGUAUCAAAACAGUGACUUUCACUUUGGAACAGUCUAUUUCAGUGAAUUAAUUAAUAAAUAAUAUAAGAAGUAAGUCAAUAACCAGAUAAUUUCAAAUUAUAAAUACAAUAAAAGAGAAUAAACAUUUAAAAUAGGAAAGUGAGGAAAUGACAUUUGUUUUCAGACUUAAAAGUAAUUCUUAUAAAAAAAAUAAGCCAGUAAUUUAAUUUGUAAAUUGCUAAUUUCAUUUUAAUACUUGGUUUUCUUUGAAUAUACUGGUGAAACAGGGAAUAAAGUAGUUUUUCAUGGGAAAAAAUGUCUAUUCUUUUUCAACUCAGAAAACCUAAGUAUUUUAUUUGGUAUUGUUGGUAUUAAACAUUAUUUUUUGAUGCAAUCAUUACAAACCGGGUAGAGCAGAAGGAAGAGAAUAUCCUUUGAUACCAUUCCUAGAAUUAUAGGCCUUUGAUUUGCUCUUGGGUAGAAGUCUGUAUGACUGCCAGAUUGAAUUCUUACUCAUACGCAUCAAAUACCAUGCAACAUGAGUUGGAAUGAUACUAGAUAUUACUAUAUUCGCAGCGUUCACCUCCCUCAUACUACCAGAACACAUAUAGGAUUAGGCAGACCAACCGUCUCUUUUCAGCCCCUUUCCCUUCCUUUCCCAAUCUUAAAGGCAACUACAUUUUAGAAAUAUAACAUCUUUAGGAUGCAAAGUAAAUUAGCAUAGAAGAAAAAGCCUGCUAUAUAGAGGUAGACCUACCUGGGUUUGAAUAACUUUAUCCUUUAAGAGCCAUUGGACCUUGGGCCAUUUCUUUAACUUAAGAUUUUAUUCAGGUGCAAAUGGCAAAAGAAACCCAAUUCGUACCAUCCCAAGGAAAAACUUGAACACUUACAUCAUACACACCUAUUUUUACUUCUGUUUGCAAAUUGGCCUAAUGGACAUUGCAGAGAAGUUCCAUUACAGGGCCUGUAAAAAUGACCUUGGGCUGCUCCAGGCCCACAUCCUUCACCCCAAUGUCAUUAUGAAGUAGAAAAAAGUAACACUGUGAUUGACAGUCCCACCAGAUACACAGAGACUAGAGGAAGCAGUUCCUGAAACAGAGUGAUAUUAUCAAAAGGAAGGGAACAGCAGAGUCUGCUGGGCAGGCCUAAAGCAUACUCACUCACAUGCACAUGCACAAAACUACUACAGUCCACUAGAGCUAGCACUAGGUUCUAGUACUUUUUAUAUAUCAGAAGCUGAAAGGAUAGCUAAGGUAGGACAUUUCCUUGGAAUGAUAUCUGGGAUGAUUUCCAUCUCUUCUAAAUGGGUUGUUUAUCUUGCAAACUAAUCUUGUUUUGCACCCCCAAAAGAAGGAAAGCAAAACAGGGAGUUCAGAAUGUGUUUCUUAACCUUUUGUUUGGUUUUCAUUUCUUAAAUAGCUAACCAUUGUGUUUUGCUUGUAUGACUUUGAUUAUUGUCCUCCAGAAAGGGAAUUUUUCAUCUGUAUCUCACACAGUGCUAAGUGCUCAAGAAACAAUAAAUAAAAAUGCUCAGAAGAACAGUCUGAGCCAAAACAGCAAGAAAACUACACUGUGUAAGUAAUUAAUGAGAAUCAGAAAGCCCAAGUAAUUUUAUUUGUUGGCUGAGAUUUUUAGAAUUGUAAUUAUUGCUUUAAAAUUAUUUUUACCCUUUAUUUCUCUGAUAGUGUCAUUGAAAUGACAUUAUGAAGAAGAAGGUGUUUUGAUUUGCUAUUGUAAAAUCUAACUGCAAAUCUUUACUAAUCUAGUAAUUUUAGUAGUUUAUUGCUCAAGGUAUAAGAUUUCUAGGAGACUGGGUUUUUUCAUAUGUCAGUAUUAUUUUUGGCACACACAGCAUUUAUUUAUUUUGAGUCAUUGGAAAGACUUGACAGUGCAGUGGAAACCAAACUCACACCUAUCACGUCUACUGCUUUAUAACACAUGUUGAAAAAAAGUUCUACUCUUUUAGAAAUCUAAUAUUCCAUUUUUAAGAAACAAAUUACAGAAAAUAUCAAACAUACUUAAAAGUAGAAAGAUAGCAAAGUGAACCCUAGCUUCAACAUUUCUAAUGUUAUCUCCCCCACCUUUUUUCUUAAUUGCUUUAAAGCAAAUCCCAGACUUAGUCUUAUUUCUCUCUCUCUCUCUCUUACACACACACACACACACACACACACACACACACACAUUUCAGAAUACAUUUCUAACUGAUUAAGAUUCUUUCUACAUAACUAGAAGCUCAGUAUCAUCCUUUGAAAACUUAAAUCUAAUAUAUAGUUCCCAAUUAGCAUUAUAAUUGUCUUGGUUAUGUCAAAUGUCUUUUGUGGUCAGUUUAAUUCAGAAUCCAAAGUCCACAAACUACAUAUUUUUCUAUUUUCUCCUAACUCUCUUUUAUCAUAGUCUUCCCUUUUCUCUUUUUUCUCUUCUCAUCUAAAUUUAAUUUUUUUAAUUAACAUAGAUCAAAUUUGCCCCUACCCCCAUUUUUUGGUUUAUAUACAAACAUUAAAAAUGCCCUUCUUCAGCUGAGUUUUAGCCUGUAUCCAGGGGCAUGCACCUGCCAGCACAAUCAGAAUACACACCAUAGGUCCAUCCUCACAAAAAUUUCCUCAUGCCUUUUAUAAUCACACGCUCCCUAUCCCUCUAACCACUGGCAACCCCUGAUCUGUUCUCUGUUAUUAUAACUUGGUCAUUUUGAGACCGUCAUAUAAAUGGAAUCAUAUAAUAUGUAA